GCGGCUGUUUGUUUGGUAAUUUUGGGGAAUUCGAUUACUUGGGAUUAAUUGCACUGAGUCUCGUCUCGUCGGAGAACGUUUUCACAGCAACGGCAACUUUAGUACCAACUGUUUUCUUGUGAAUCACGAACCGCAGAUCAAAUAAGAGAUUUGUUCGACAAAAUACAACUUGUUUAGUCUAAUUUGUUGAUCAAUUUAGAAGUCGGUUGCAACACUCCAUGCAUGGCUGGCAUGAGCACAAUCAUCGCCUAGGCUAGCCGCUGAGCCGAGGAGUUGAGCGCAUCGUGCAUGUCGGGUGAGGAGGAGGAGGAGCUAGGAUCUGCUAGCACAGUGCACAGCUCAGUAGCAGUCCUGAGAAUUCUUCAUGCUCUGCCAUGCAGUGACUACAUGUAUAUACAAAAUGAACUGAAUUAGGUUCCUUUGCACUUAAAUCUAUUACCCAGAUUCAUCACAGAGGUUGGAUACUCUGAAGGUGGCCAUCUUGAUUCUUGACCAGCAGAGAGUGGCUGUUCUGCAGUGACUACAGUAUAUAUUCAAACAACGUGAACUGAAGGAUUUUUGGCACUUUGAUCUGUGAUCCCGAUUCAUCAAGGAGUUUGGAUACUCCAAAGGCAGCCAUCUUGAUUCUCGACCAGCGGUCAGAGGGUAUCCAAGAUGGAGGACGAGGCCGUCCAACGACCCCGGGCAAAACCCAAUCGCCUUGCAAAAGCCAACCCUAUCUCAAAACUCUUCUUCCACUGGGUCAGUCCUGUGUUCUACUCUGCCUUCAAGGACAAGACGGUACAGACCAACGACCUGUAUGAGAUCAUGGAAGAGGAUUCCUCCGACUUCCUUGGCAAGAACUUAGAAAAGAACUGGGACAAAGAGGUCACAAAUUUGAAAGAAAAGGGGAAAAGGCCAAGUCUUGUCCGGGCAGUUAUAAAGACCUAUGGAUGGAUCUAUGCCCUUUAUGGUAUUCUCUUUAUUUGUGAGGAAGCCCUGCGUCUUGUGCAACCCAUCUUCCUUAUGAAUCUCACCUCCUACUUCUCGCCAAAGAAUGACAAUGGCGGUCUCAUGUCAAAAGAGGAGGCCUACUACUGGGCCAUGGCUCUGGCCCUGUCCCAGUUUCUUCUGGCCCUGGUCCACGGACCAAACUUCUUUGGGAUCCAGCGGCUCGGGAUGCAGGUCCGAGUUGCACUCUGUACCAUGGUCUACAAGAAGACGUUAAAGCUGAAUAACAAUUCCCUUCGAGUGACCACUGCUGGACAGGUCAAUAAUCUGAUGACCAACGAUGUGAACAGAUUUGAUCAGCUGUUUGUCUUCCUGCAUUACAUCUGGCUCGGUCCUCUUCAAGGAAUCGCCGUCUUCCUGCUCUUGGUCUUCUACCUUGACCUUGGCUAUGCGGCCGCUCCUGGAUUCGGCAUCAUGAUCUUUCUCAUCCCAAUCAAUAUGUGUUUGGGAAGACUGUUCUCCGUUCUGAGGAGAAAGACGGCACAGUUCACCGACCAGCGGGUCGCCGUCAUGACGGAGGUCAUCACUGCUAUGAGGGUCAUUAAGAUGUACGCCUGGGAGAACCCGUUCGCUAUGGUGGUCAAGAAACUCAGAUCACUCGAAAUAAGGAAGAUUGUGACGGCUUCGUAUCCUCUGGCCGUCAAUGUGACCCUGGCGCUGUUUGGUAAUCGUCUUCUGGAUGUCGGGAUGAUCAUCGUCUACACCCUGACGACGGACACUAUAGAGACAGCCACCAUCUUUGCCAUAAUCGCCUUUUGUAACGCACUACGCACAUCGUUUCUCCGUAUGUUCCCACGUGCUAUACAGUUUCGCUCCGAGUGCACUGUUUCUCUCAAUCGUAUCGAGAAAUACCUACUGCUUGAGGAGAAGGAGAGAGUCGAGGGAGGAAACGAUACUCAAGGGAUGGAGAGAGAUGAUGGGAUAGUUGCAGAUAAUCUUACUUGUUCGUGGGAAGAGGAAGAGGACACAAGUCAGCUGAAAGACAUCACUUUCAGAGUCAAGAAAGGAAAGUUAUUGGCCGUCAUCGGUCCAGUUGGAGCUGGGAAGUCGUCUCUACUGAUGGCUGUCUUGAAGGAGCUUCCCGCCCUCAGAGGAUCGAUACAGACCAAGGGGCGCAUCGCCUAUGCUUCUCAGCAGCCUUGGGUGUUCGGUGGGACGAUACGAGAGAACAUCACGUUUGGAAAACGCUUCUCCGAUACCAAGUAUCGUAGCAUCGUUAGAGUCUGCGCACUCACCAAGGACAUAGAGCAGCUUCCUGACGGAGACAUGACGAUGGUAGGAGAGAGGGGCGUGACCCUGAGCGGAGGGCAGAAGGCAAGGAUCAACCUGGCGAGGGCGCUAUAUGAUGACGCAGACAUUUAUCUUCUGGAUGACCCUCUCAGUGCCGUGGACAGCGAGGUCAGCAGACACAUCUUCAACAAGUGUGUUAUGGAAUACUUGGCUGAUAAACCACGCAUCCUGGUAACCCACCAACUUCAGUUCCUGGGCCAAGCUGAUCAGAUCUUGGUCCUUAAGAAAGGGGGUCAAAUGGAGGCUGUGGGAACCUUGUCUGAGCUUCACGAGAAAGGCAUCGAGUUCUCCAAGUUGAUGGAGAAACCUGAGGAGGAGGAGGAGGAGGAGGAGAGCAUCGAUGAUGUCGAUACAGAUGCAGUUUCUCUUGUCAGACUGGCGUCAGGGUCAUUCAAGAGGAGUGGAUCAGGACGAAAGAGUUCUACCAAAGUAACGUCGGGUAAAAUAACCACCACAACUAAAACUGGUAAGCUUUUCAAGAAGGAGACCACUCAAACAGGAAGCAUCACCUAUAAUACAUACAUCAGGUAUUUCCGAGCCGGUGGAAAUCCUUUCGUUCUAUUCUGGAUGAUCCUGUUUCUUCUAGGAGCACAGGUUAUGUAUCUGUUGGCAGACUUCUGGGUCGGUUAUUGGGCAGACUUCGAAGAAGCUAAUCAUGAGCCGCUGGACAACUUCUACUACGCCAUCUUCUCCAAUUUGAACCUGACUGUAGAGCAAUCUGCCGGUGUCUACGGUGGUUUGGUGGGCGGCACCAUGCUGUUUGGAAUCAUUCGAGCUUUCGUCACAUUCCAGGUCAUGAUCAACGCGGCAAGGACCCUCCACAAUCGCAUGUUCGGUUGUGUGACAAGAGCCCCCAUUCUCUUCUUCGACACCACCCCUACAGGAAGAAUCCAGAAUCGCUUCACCAAAGACAUAGGGAUCAUGGAUGACCAGCUGCCGCUUACAUUCUUUGACUUCAUACAGAUAUCUCUUCAGAUUCUGGGUACUGUGCUGAUCACCCUAGUGAUGGCCUGGUUCACCGUCUUUGCAGCGCUGCCUCUCUUCAUCAUCCUCAUGCUACUCACCAAAUAUUCCCUACGAGCUACGACUGCUGUCAAGAGACUCGAUGGAACAACUCGGAGUCCAGUCUUCUCCCACACGACUGGCUCCCUCCAGGGUCUCUGGACCAUCAGGGCCUACAAGAAAGAGGGGGAGUUUGUGCAUCAGUUCCACACAUAUCAGGACCAUCAUUCCGAGGCCUGGUUCAUGUACAUCGCCACCAAUAGAUGGUUCGGCCUUCGUUUGGAUCUCCUCGUUGCGGUCUUUAUUUCAUCCGUCGCUUUCAUCUGCGUUGGUUUGCAGGAAUAUCUGAAUUUGGACGGUGGUCAAGUGGGUCUCAUCCUGACCAACUGUGUUGCCCUAGGAGGUGUCUUCCAGUUCUGUGUUAGACAGAGUGCUCUUGUAGAGAAUCAGAUGACGUCUGUGGAGCGCGUGGUCGAGUACACCCAGCUGGAUCCUGAGGGACCGCUGGAGAAGCCUGACGCUAAGCCUCCUCUCGGCUGGCCAUCCAAGGGAGCGAUCUCGUUCGAUGAUAUGUCUCUGGCCUACUCCAAAGAAACCCCCAAGGUGCUCAAGGGGUUCUCGUGUGAAGUCCAUCCGAAAGAGAAGAUUGGAAUAGUAGGCAGGACUGGUGCAGGUAAAAGUUCUCUGAUCACAGCGCUGUUUAGGCUCGCAGAGCCCAUGGGUAGUCUCCGAAUCGACGACAUAAGAGUCACUGAUCUAGGCCUGCAUGAGGUCAGGAAGAACAUCUCAAUUAUUCCUCAGGAUCCUAUCAUCUUCACUGGAUCUCUCAGAAGAAACCUGGAUCCUUUUGGAGACCAGUCAGAUGCCAUGCUAUGGAGUGUCCUGGAAGAGGUUCAGUUAGAGCGUGCGGUGAAGGAGAACCCCGCCAAGCUAGAGAUGGAAGUAGGAGAGGGUGGGUCAAACUUCAGCGUGGGGCAACGUCAGCUGAUCUGUCUGGCCAGAGCCAUUCUCAAGAAGAACCGUAUUCUCAUACUGGAUGAAGCCACUGCCAAUGUAGACCCAAGAACUGAUGCUUUGAUUCAAGAGACCAUUAGGACAAAGUUCAAGAACUGCACCGUCCUAACCAUCGCUCAUCGUCUCCAUACCAUCAUGGAUUCAGAUAAAAUCAUGGUCCUUGAUGCUGGUGAACUGGUAGAGUUUGAUCAACCGUAUGUGCUACUUCAGAAUCCCAACAGUACUUUCAGUAAGCUUGUAGAUCAGACAGGGAAGGCGGAAGCUGCAAAGUUAGCCAGGAUCGCUCUGGAGCACUACAACGCAAUUGUAGCUGAGAACACCUCAAAAGUUGAACCCAAGGAUGCUGUAUGUGACUAUCUGGUUAUCGUGCUGAAGAAAUCAGAGGAGGGUUUUGGUUUCUCACUGAAGGGAGAGUACGGCCCUGUCCAAACACCUAUCACCGUGUCAGAGGUCAUGGAAGGGGCACCUGCUGGGCAAGAUGGAGGACUUAAGAUUGGUGACGAGGUGCUCUCUCUGAACGGGACGAGCAGACGAGACUUGACACCAGAAAACAUCACGGAUGCCUUCGGAGCAGACACCGCCCAAAUGGUGCUCAUUGUUAGAAGGAUGCCCUUGCAGCCUCCAGUCUCUCCCAAUGCUAUAACGUUGAGCGACGAUGAUGGUGACUCCAAAAGGCCCUCCAAUGGUGCACCUGGGCAAUUGACAUCUCAGAGUCAGCCAGACUCCUCGAAUAACAACCAAGAGAUCUUCACGAUAUCAGAUGAAGGAAUAGGACUUACGGCAAGCCUGAAAGUAGGAGAUACAGACACCGAUGGCAUUGAAUUACGCCCCCUAGGACAGUAAGACGACAGAUCUGCCUGCAGGACAGACUGCAGGACUACCUUCAGGAGAGAUGACAGAGCUACCACUAUGCGAAGCAUGCAAAACCCUCCAUUUGCAACUCUCCCCAAAAUGUGGAGAAGGUGCACAUGUUGCUCAGUGACAAAGGUAACGAGCACUAGGAGGUAUUUUUUUUGUUUACACAUAAAUGAAUGGCAAGCGCAUGCAACAAAGGACUUGCAUGUAUUCACUGAGCGCUGUUUAAUAAGAUACAGAAUUUCGAAGCGUAGUACAUUUUACAUCAUCACAGAAAAAAACGCCACGGUUUUGCUACAUCAUAUCUGAACGAUCCUUUAUAUAAAGUGUUAUAUAUAUAUAUCCAGAAUAUUUUUGUUAUCAUUAAGUGUGUUUUUAUUUUUUAUAUUGUGGUUCAUAUUGUUGAUGUGAAUAUUAUUCAUGUGCACGUGCAUGUAAAUUUUAUUUAAAAUGUUUAUAUUGUACAUAAAUCAUACUCUGUUAAAUGUAUUGCAUAGGCUUUUGUCUUGUUGCUUCAAAGCAAUGUCCUUAAGCAAUGCAUUUUAUCUACAUUGCUCCCUUCCACUCGGUAAGAUGCGAAUCUCUUUGUGGUUGGAUUAGCAUGUGCG